AUGGUCAUUCAUUUGCUACCGCUUGCAAAGCAAAGUAACUCUUCUACCCCAUGCCAAAACUGUGGGCACACACCAAGCUUACAUGGUGGGAUCGUCAAAAAAUGUCUGGAUUGCUUUCUCGAUGGCAACUCAUUAUAUAUUCUUGAUAUUAACAACUGCAAGCCACCUGAUGAGGUUGUGAAGAUUGCCACCGAGUUUUUCCAAGGAAUAAGGACCUUUGGUGACUACAAUUUUGCUUUUAACAACUGUGAAGACUUUGCAUCCUUUUGUAAAACGGGCAAAAAGUCAUCUGAGCAAAGAAGGAAUGCAACUGUAUUAGCUGUCUUGCCCUCUGCGAUGUUAUCUGGUGGUAGAGUGAUUGUUGGUCCAGCAGGCGGUGGUGAUGGUGUAAGCGUUAAUGUUUGUGUUAUUACAAAAUUACAAAGUUAUGUUAAUUACACUGCCAAUAAUGUCUAG